AUGAUUUGGGGAGGGAAUACAAUAGGUGAAGAAGAUGAGGACGAGGAAACUAUUCAAGACAACAACAACAAUAAUCACGAAUUAACAGCAUCUAAUCAAAUAUAUCCUGUUAAAAGUCCACCCAUUGGUUCCAGAUUUAUUGGAAAAGUUGCGAUUAUUACUGAAUCAAAUUGUGCAAUAGACAGGGCAACAGCUAUUUUAUUGGGAAAAGAAGGGGCAAAAGUAACAAUACAUGGAACUGUGGAGAAAGAAUUGAGGGAAACAAUAGUUAAAAUGGUUAGAGCAGGAAUUAGUCAAGAUAAUAUUCUUGUUGUUCAAGGAGUUAUUGAAAAUGAUCAGACCCUAAAAAACCUUGUAGACAAAACUUACAACAAAUUUGGCCGAAUUGAUAUAUUGGUGAACAGUGCUGGGGCAAUCGGCAGAACUCAAGGCAGUAAUUCUCCAGCUUCCUCCAUUUCCAACAAAUUAAAACACAAUAUAAAUAGGCAGAAUAGUGGAAGUGUUGAUAGUGACAGGGAAGAAAAUGAUUUAUUGGAAGAUGAUGGAAAGCCUAGUGCAAGUUUCAGAAAUUCACUUGCUAGUAGGCGUCGCUCUUCACAUUUUGAUUCACACUUUGACACACUUUUUAAUAUAAAUCUCAAAAGCAUUACAAAACUUACACGGUUAUGUGUUCCUUAUUUGGAGAAACAAAAGGGGGCAGUUGUUAAUGUUAGCAGUUUUGGUGGCCAACAACAAUUUUCUGACUAUGCUUAUUACAACACUUCAAGAGUUGCUCUAGAUAAUUAUUGCCGUUCAAUAGCCAUUAAAUAUGCUAAAAAGAAUGUUAGGGUAAACAAUGUUAGUCCAGGAUUUAUUACCAGCGAAUCUGCAGAUGAGGAAAGCACAGUUAAUAAGUUUUAUUUAAAUUGGAUAAAAGAACACGUCCCCAUGGCAAGGGGAGGCACGGCAGAAGAAAUUGCUAAAGUCAUCGCUUUUUUGGCUAGCGAUGAUGCUAGUUAUGUGACUGGGGCGACUAUUGUGGCUGAUGGAGCUGUUUCUAUAUUUUCGAAACCAGCCGAUUUCUUUUAA